GGGGGUCGAACGGUGACCGAUUCGGUCAGGUGCUGAGACGCGUGGCUCAGCGAAACGUGCUUUGCCAUGGCGAGUCGAGGUCCUGAUAGGCCAUGUGGCAGCGGAAGGUGCAGGUGAGGGAGCGAUAUAAAGGGUCAUGCUCAGCCGGUGACCGUGCUGUUCGGAAACUGGCCAGAUAGUGGGAGCAGCAGUGGACGCCAUGCUGAAGCUCGCUGUCGCUGUUGUGGUCUCCCUUCUCAUCAGCGUCGCAGCGGCCUCUGAUCUCUGCGACUGUCAGACACCCUUCCCCGCCGGGUACAAGUCGAAGUACUGCUGCGAAGACUAUUCCCCAACCCCUCGUCACACCUACCCGGCCUAUAGUCCACCGCCGGCGCACCACUUCACGGAGACUAUCGCCGAGCAAAACCCCCAACUGCGCAAACAGGAGGCCCAUGAAGAGCCCUGGCAGGAGACGUUCACUGCAGAGGACUUUGAGACGUUCCCGUCCAAGAAGCACUCCACGUCUCCGGGCGGUUAUGCGGAAUGGAUGCCGCAUCACUCGGAGCCUCUCAUGGUGCCCCGUCACGCUGCUCCUCGGCGCUACAUGACCUAUGAUGAGGACUACAGGCAGUUCCUCCAGAACGUCCUGCACUUCGUCGAGCACUUCCAGAUGUCCACCAACGCGUCCCGGCCGCGGCCGCCGCGUCAGGCGACGCCUCUUCCCGACUGUGAUCCACAGAGGAAGUACCGGACAGCGGACGGCACGUGCAACUCGGCCGAGAAACCACUUCGUGGAGCGGCGGGACAGGGGAACACUCGUCUGGUGCUGCCGCCCGCCUACCAGGACGGCAUCUUCCUGCCGCGGUUCCUCGACUCCGCCGGCCGGCGGCUGCCAGGGGCUCGUCAGAUCAGCGUGGCCGUCACCUCGAGCCACGACAUCCCGCUGCCGCACCUCACCGACUCCGUGAUGCAGUGGGGGCAGUUCAUCGACCACGACCUGGCGCUCUCCCCCGAGGUCAAACCAGACACCCCCUGCUGCCGGCUGGGACGCCGCGCGCCGGACGCCCACGCCUUCUGCCUGCCCAUCACGGCCCGUACCACCGAUCCCGUGUACGGCCCCUGCGGCAAGACGUGUAUCGAGUUCGUGCGCUCCGUGCCCGCCUGGCACGAGCGGCAGAAGGUGCUGACCCAGGUGAACAGCCGCACCAGCUAUAUCGACGCCGACAUGCUGUACGGCGUGUCGGAGCGCUGGACGGCCUCGCUGAGGGAGCACAGCGGAGGAAGGCUGCGCGUGGGCCCGACGAAGUUCCUGCUGCCCGAUCCGGAGCCGGAGCUGGAGUGUCACAGCACGGUGAAAGAAGAGCCGUGCUUCCGCUCCGGAGAUCCGCGAGUUAAUGUGCAGGCCCGAUUGGCGGUGAUGCACAUCAUCUGGAUGAGGGAGCACAAUCGGAUCGCCGGGAGGCUACAGGAGAUGAACCCGCACUGGGACGACGAGAGACUAUUCCAGGAAAGCCGUCGUAUUGUGAUAGCCGAGAUCCAGCACAUCACGUACUCGCAUUGGCUGCCGAUCGUGCUCGGUCACAACUACACCGAUACCAACAUGAUGGGGGAACAGAAGGGGCCGACCAGCUACUCCAACAGAUAUAACGCCGAGACGGAGCCAACAAUCGCCACCGAGUUCUCUUCGGCCGCCUUCCGCUUCGGCCACUCGCUCAUCAACAACCACGUCUUCCUUUUCUCCGACCUCCGCAAGCCGCCCUUCGGCUUCACGCGCCUGCGGGACAUCUUCCUGACGCCGCACCUCAUCUACCAGGGCGCCCUCGACUUCCUCGCCAAGAGCCUGGUGGCGCAGGCGCCGCAAAAGUGCGACCUCGCCUUCGCCAGCGCUCUCACCGGGCAUCUGUUUCAGGAGAGAGGCGAGCUGUGUGGGAUGGACCUGGUGGCCAUGAACAUCCAGCGCGGCAGGGACCACGGCACGCCCACCUACUCGACCGCCCGUCGCUGGUGCGGCCUGCCCCACCUACCCUCGUUCACCGCCCUGACCCGGGUCAUGAGCCCCGAGGCGGUGGUGCGCCUGGCCGGGGUGUAUCGCUCUGUGGACGAUAUUGACCUGUAUAUCGGCGGAGUGGCGGAGUUUCCGGUGGAUGGAGGACUGGUCGGACCCACCUUUCAGUGUCUGAUCGGGAACCAGUUCUUCCGGCUGCGCUGGGGCGACAACUUCUUCUACGACCUGGGCGGCGAGUCUCGUCCAUGGCGGUUCAGCCUGGCGCAGCUGUCGGAGCUGCACCACUCCAGCUGGUCCCGCGUCCUCUGUGACACCGUCUCCGGCAUCAGCGUCAUCCAGCCGGACUCCUUCCGCGCUGCGACCGACGAGAACCGGCUGACCGCCUGCGGCCAGCUGCCCGAGGUCAGCCUCGAGCCGUGGAGGGAGGAACUGCUGCAGCCAGCCGGGGAGGAGGCAGACGAUGAGGAGGAGGGGAAGGCUGAGGCCGUGGAGAGCAACACGCUGGACGCCGCCGGGUUUUUGGCAUCCGUCGGGCUGUAAGACGAAGAUGUGACAGAUGAAGUCUUGAAAUCAGGAAAGAGUUAGAUAGAGAAAGACGAGGUCAUAUGAAAGGGUAUAGGUUUGCAUAACUUGAAAGAACUAGGAGCCUAAUAGAGUAGGUGUUAUGAGAAACGCUGAAACGCUUUGCUGGGGGAAGAUUGACCGCCGAUAGAAAUACAGAUGAAGUCGUUUUCCACAACGGUAUUCGCAAGGCGAUGUUUUAGUGAUAACAGGUGAGCAGGCUAACACUUAACCCGCGCCCUGGUGAGGUCUGUUUAUAACGCAACCUGGUGGGUGGGGGGGGCUAUUUUUGCUCCCCCCCUAUCUCCGAAACUACUGGAGGGAUCCACAAAAUUCAAACGGCGUUCGAAAGCCCUUUCAUAUUUGUCGAAGGUAAUUCAAUUUCGUUGACCUGGCCAACCUGUCAUAGCCUUUGGAAUUUUUUUCGGUCACAAUAUGUUAAAUUGAUCUCCGGGAGGAUACUGAAAGUUUGGUGACGAUCGGCGCAGCGGCUCUGGAGAUAUAUUGGAAAGUCUGGAGGUGGGGGGGACUAAAAAUAGCCCCCUCCCCCCACCGGGGCGCGGGUUAACAGUCAAAGGAAUUCGUCAGCUGUGCUAUUUUUUACUGCGCGUAGCGUUGUCAUAUUUUCAUCGUGUGACUACAGUGAUCAAAUGACGAGCUUCUUGCAGCCUGAUGGCGUCGAUGUUUUUCGAUCAGAACGAAUGGUACUUCAUAUGUAGUUGACCGUGUUCGCUUUGCGAUGGAAAUGUGUGCUUGGGAAAUGGGAAUAUAUGAAACCGUCGACA